GUGCUGAGCACACUUGGGUCGGGUCAAUCUUAGUCCCCUAGCAGUCGCAUCACGUCCCUUCAUCAAUUAAUGGUUAAGACUUGUCCCUCGGGUUCUCUCCUCAAUUGUUUUUCUCUUUUGAGAUUUUUGUCCUCCAUUCCCCGUGGUCUCCUAUCUUAAUAAUAAUAGUAGUAGCAGCAGCAGUAGUAGUUUCAAUGUCUCUAGCCAGCUUGCUCUUGCUGCUGUGUGUAUCUUUCUUUCUUAUGGUAGCCACUAAACCAGGCGUGGAAGCAGAAGGCUGCUCACCCGAGCGAUGCGGCAACCUGACCAUUGCUACCCCGUUCGGGCUCGUCUCGGGGUCGGAGGAGAACACAUGUAUGCAGCUUGGUUUCCAGGUCCACUGUACCGACGGUGUCCCAUACCUCGGGUACCACUCUGGAUACGGACUCCAGAUCCUCAACAUCUUCCCCGACAACGGCUCCAUGGUUGUUUCUGACAUCCUCAAGCUCGGGGAUUUCAACAGUUCGAGCCGCCAAGGUUGCCAUGUCCCGAUGGCCGGCGCCGCCACCAAAAUUGAGCCUCCAUUCUCAAUAAGCCCCCUUAAUCAGAACCUCAUCUUCUACAACUGCGCCAAGCCGCCGCCAGCCCGAGCUGGGCUGGUGGAGACGAUGUGCGGGAACAACACCUUUGUCCGCGCGGGAGGGUGGUACAACGCGACAGGCGGGAUGAACAGCGGAUACACUUUGAAGGGCUGCAACGCCACCACCGUGCCAGUGCUGGUGCCGUCUGGCGAGGCGAAUGCCAGAGACUGCGCGGAGCUCAUCAGCAAUGGCUUCCCAGGGCAGCCGCUGCCUUCCGCUGGUGGUAGUGCCAUUAAACAAGAAGGCUGCUCGCCCGAGCGAUGCGGCAACCUGACCAUCUCUUCUCCGUUCGGGCUCGUCGACGUCUCGGUGUUGGAGGAGAACAGGUGCGCUCAACUCGGUUUCCAGGUCCACUGCACCAACGGCACCCCGUACCUUUGGUACUAUGAGCCCGGGUUCGGGCUCCAGAUCCUCAACAUAUUCUACAGCGACGGCUCCUUGCUCGUCGCCGAUAUCCACAAGCUAGGAGACUUCGAAAGUUCAAGCCUCGAACGCUGCCAUGUUCCGGUGACAAACACCUCCUCCAAAAUUGGGCAUCCGUUCUCGAUUAGCAACUUGAAUCAGAACAUCAUCUUCUACAACUGCACCAAGGCGCCGCCGUUGGAGACCGUAAGACGAGCAGGGCUUGUGGAGACGGUAUGCCGUAAUAACACCUUUGUCCGCACAGGAGGGUAUUACAGUGAGAGGGACGGCGCCUAUGCUUUAGAGGGAUGCAAUGCUAUCUUCCUUCCGGUACUGGCAGCAUCCGGCGAGGCGAACACAAGUGAUUAUGAGGGGCUAAUCAGCGAUGGCUUCCUCCUGACAUGGCGGCAGCCGCCUGCUGGUAGUGGUAUCAAGAGGAUUAGCAAAAGGAUACUAAUACUAAUAGUUUCAGCAGCAGUUUCAGCCUUGCUCUUUCUAUGCAUUUGUGUGAUGAUGCGGCAUCCUAAGGGGAAAAGACUAUGGUCUCGCAGCAAAAGAACUAGCAGCGGCACUGAAAGGAAUUACGAGGCCAUGAUAUUAUCAUAUGGAUCACUAGCCCCCAAAAGGUACACGUACUCACAGGUAAUGAAGAUAACAUCUUCUAGCAAUCAUGAGCUUGGAAAGGGUGGUUAUGGUGUGGUUUUCAAAGGAAGACUACAUGAUGAUCGACUUGUUGCCGUGAAAUUCUUGCAUGACUGCAAAGGAAAUGGGGAUGAUUUUGUGAACGAGGUUAUGAGCAUUGGGAGAACCUCUCAUGUUAAUAUUGUUAGCUUAUUUGGGUUUUGUUUGGAGGGAUCAAAACGAGCUCUUAUAUAUGAGUACAUGCCCAAUGGUUCCCUGGAUAGGUAUAUUUACUCCGAGAACCCCAAAGAAAUUUUAGGAUGGGAGAGGCUCUAUGCGAUAGCAAUCGGGAUUGCUCGUGGCCUAGAAUACUUGCACCAUAGUUGUAAUACACGGAUCAUUCAUUUUGAUAUCAAGCCACAAAAUAUCCUUCUAGACAAGGAUUUUUGCCCAAAGAUUGCUGAUUUUGGUCUAGCUAAAUUGUGUCAUGCAAAAGAGAGCAAGCUUUCAAUGACUGGUGCUAGAGGAACAAUUGGGUUCAUUGCUCCAGAAGUUCACUCUCGGACAUUUGGUGUUGUUUCAACCAAGUCAGAUGUUUAUAGUUAUGGAAUGAUGUUGUUAGAGAUGGUUGGGGGCAGGAAAAAUGUGAAAUCGGUGGCUGAAAAAUCGAGCGAAGAAUAUUUUCCAGAUUGGAUUUAUGACCACCUUUGUCAAGAUAAUGGACUGCGAGCAUGUGAAGUCACAAGUGAAAUUGAGGAAAUAGAAAAAAAGAUGACCUUCAUUGGCUUGUGGUGCAUACAAGUAGUACCUAUGUAUCGCCCUACCAUAACCAAAGUUCUAGAAAUGUUUGAAAGAAGCUUGGAUGAACUGGACAUGCCACCUAAGCAGAACUUCCAUGGACUACUUGACGACUCAGCACACAAUAUGAGUGUACAAAGUGCAAGUUGUACCAUUUCUGAAGACAAGAUCCUUGUGAAUUCAAAAAAACAUUCAAUUGUUGCCGGCUCUUUGAGAAAGCAACAUGCACUAGAUUCAGCAAAGCAAUAAAGUUCAAUGGUGUAUCACUAAACAUAUUUCAUUUAUGUACAGACUUGAUUUAAGGCUGGCUCUACCUGAAACAAACAAACUAGGAUAAAUGUAUUUUCCAAGUUCCAUUAGUCAAAAGCACUGUUUUAAGUUAGAAGGUUAUUACUUUGUCCGUGGAACAUGUAAAGAUUGACGCAUAAUGAAUUCCCACGUUGGUUACAGCUGGGAAGGAGAUGCAAUGAUUUAUACCUUUGUGUUCAUCAUA